GAUUCAUGCUCUUCAAUUCUCAGCGACGCUCCCAACGAUGAUCAUCACCUCGGUCGACCAGGCACGAGCGGAUCGAAAUGGUGUGAUGAGCCACUCCAUGUGGAAAUAUCAAUGGACACAGAUGUUCAUGUACCGGAUUCUCCGAAAAUGGCAGACCUAUUUGAGGCGGUCACGAGCCCUGGGAUGAUGUUAAAUGAUGGUGUUCGAGCGAAGAUGGCGCUGCUGGCGCAGCAGAUCAUUGAUGCAUUACCGGAUCGCAUAAAGAAUGACGCUCAUCCACUUCUUGAUGUGGAGUCGAUGUCAGCUGAUGUCACUGCACAGUCAUCAUUUGCCUAUCCAGACAAUAACCCAUUCCUGUCCCAUCUUACCCAUGACUGUCCGGCUGACUGGGAGUUUCAGCAGUACUUCGCCAAUAACCAUUAUCAAUUUCCCACUGAAAAGCCUGCGAAGACGUCCUAUCAUCGUUUUCCAGACAAGCAUCUAGUCCAUCAUUUGAUCAUAAUCAUUUGUACCCCAACUCCAAAGUACGACUUCUUUUGUUUCUUUUCAGGUGCUAAUAGUUCGUACGGCUCGUCACGGGACAAUACAAUGGAGAGUACAAGUUUUGAUUUUGAUAAAGAUCUCGGUGAAUUUUUCAACAUGCGUGUCGAUGAGGAGGAAGAUCCUAUACGGCAACGUUUGGGUGGUCUGAAAUUGUCUGGUACGUGA